AUGACUCAAACUUCUUCAUCAACAGCAGAAACAUCUACAGAAACCUCGGAAGUUCCAAACAACACAUCAACCAAAACACCAUCAACAACACCAUCAAAAACACUAUCAAAAACAUCAACCAAAACACCAUCAAAAACAUCAACCAAAACACCAUCAAAAACACCAAGAAAAACACCAAGAAAAACACCAAAAAAAACACCAGCAAAGAAAUCUGCAAAAAAACCAUUCACAGGAGGAAUUAAAAAGCCACACAGAUAUAGACCAGGUACUGUAGCUUUAAGAGAAAUCCGAAAGUAUCAAAAAAGCACUGAAUUAUUGAUAAAAAAAAAACCUUUUUGUAGGUUGGUGAGAGAAGUUGCUCAAGAUUACAAAUCUGAUGUUAGAUUUCAAGCGAAUUCACUCCUUGCACUUCAAGAAGCAGCUGAGGCAUUUAUUAUUGAUAUUUUUGAGGAUACUAAUCUUUGUGCCAUUCACUCCAAAAGAGUUACUAUUUUGCUCAAAGAUAUGCAACUUGCAUUAAGAGUAAAAGGUGUUAAUUAUAUUGGUUUAUUAAAUAAAUAA